AUGCCUAGACCUCAAAGACGUGGGAAGAAUCCCAGAGACAGCAAGGAAAAUAUUGUCAAUAUUGACAUUCCUUCCACUGUGAUGCAUUCUAUAUUAGAGAAGCUCGAUUUAACUUUUGAACGUGAUAUCGGUAUGCUUAAUGGUAAAAAUACACAUUCUAUUCCUAGUCGUGAUACUUUGGUUAAAGUCCAGGAACAAUUGAAUAUACUAAAAGAUCUUUUUGAUUCAAUUUCUAAAGAUGACCAGGAAUAUAUUGAUAAAUUACGUGCUAUAAGAGAAGAACGUAUAAAGAUAGAACAACAAUCAAGGUUAGAGAAAGAACAGAUGGAACAAGCAAAGAUUAAUUCAACCGUGGCAAGCCCUUCAUCAACUGCACAAAAUCCGGAAAUUGUAGAAGAAGAACAAACAGCAGUUCUAUCGAAUGAUGGAAAGAGUAACCUAGACAAUGAAUCUAGUGGUAAGACGAUAGACGAUGAUGGUAUAGUGGAAAACAUGGAUAAUAAAGCUACAGAGGAUGAACUGACAAAGAAACGACCUCUAGAGAACAACGAAGAAAAAGAGGAAAAAGAAAAAGAAAUCCAAGAUAAAUAUUCUAAAGAAGAGGAACAAAAAGGAGAAGACGAUGAUGAAGAUAAAAAUGAAGAAAACCCCAUUGAGCUAAAUGGCGAGAAAGAAACUACUAGCAAUGACAAUAGUAAUACAAAUGAAGGUGGAAGCGAGGAGCCUGUCAUUAAAAAACAGAAGACAGAGAGUGUUGAUAUUGAUCAAAUGGAGAACAAUCCAAAUGUAAAGAAUCCUAAGUCAGAAUUUGUCAUUUCACAAACUCUACCUCAAGCCGCUAGGAAUUUAGGUUUAUUCAGUGAAGAAGGUCUGGAGAGUACAGGCGAGAAUUACCUGAAAAAGAAAUAUAGUGUCGCAAGUUACCCAACUACAGAUCUGAAAGAGUUACUGCCGGGUGACCUACCAGACAUGGACCUAUCUUGUGCUAAACCUGCUAAUCAAAUACAAUACAGUACAUUCUUAUCAUAUGUUGAUAAUUUUUACAAGGAUCUAACCGAUGAUGAUAUUAAAUUUUUAAAGUCAAAAGACAUAUUGCCUGCAAAUUUGGAAGUCGAUAAAUCAUAUGAUCCAGAAGUAACUCCAUUUGUUAUACCAAAAUUGGGUCCAUUGUAUACAAGAACAUGGUUUAGAACUGAUGCAAACAAAAACUUGGGAAACACCUCCCCUCCACACAUAAGUGAUAAAUCUAGCGUGGUAGCAAAGAAAAGUGCAUCUGAUAUCAAAGAUACAUCAUUAGAAUCCGAAGAUAUAUCCUGUGGUCCAUUAUUGUCAAGAUUAAUGUCUGCAAUCUUUAGGGAUGAAGGCAAUGAUCUUGCCAGACAAAUAACAACCGACCAAGCAAAUAAUACCACAAGUUCGACAUCUAUCCCUGAUAUAAAGACGGAGAAUGCUAGUGAUACUACAGGUAACCUCGGUAUAGAAAGCUUAGAACAGACUCCAACGCAAUCGACGAUGGAUACUCCAAUGAGCGAUGUUGAAGAAAUUACCAAAUUCAGUAUCGGUGGUACAACAAGCACCUUGAAAAUGGAUCAAGGAUGGAAAAUCAACAGUGUCAACUUGGAUUAUCCAACGCUAGAAGAAAGAUUAAAACGUGAAUUGAAAUAUGUCGGAAUAUAUAUGAAUAUGCCAAAAGAUGAAAAUAAUCCAAAUGGUUCAGAUCCAGAUUGGUUGACUGGUAGAGAAGAUGAUGAAAUUAGUGCGGAAUUACGUGAAUUACAGAGCUCAUUAAAACAGGCAACUGCCAAUAAUCAGAAGAGGAAGGAAACUCUAAUUCCGUUAGUUGACAGACAACUAGCCUGGUUGGAAUACUCUUCUAUUCUAGACGAUUUAGACAAGCAAGUAGAUCAAGCUUAUAUCAAAAGAAUUAGAGUUCCAAAGAAAAGAAAGAAGCAUCACAAUAGUGGCUCCGUUAAUGUAGGUACUGCUUCUCAAAUUGCACAACAGAAGGCAUCUAACUCAAGUUUGAAGUCAUUACUAGAUAAACGACAAAGGUGGAUUACCAAAAUUGGUCCUUUGUUUGGUCCUGCAGAGCUCAUGAAACGUAUACCGAAGAAGAGUGUAUUCAGUAAUCUGGAACAAGAGGAAGAGGAUGACGAAGCUGACGUAUUUGAUCAAACCCACGAUGGCAAAGAUGAAGGGAUAGAGACAUAA